GACCUGGGGAAAGGGCUGGGGCCGGGCAGGAAAGUGGCACUGCACAAAGGGCCCCUUUCCGGGACUGGUUGGGGAGUUCGGCCUAUGUGGGGAAGGGCUCCCUGUGUCUGCGAGUCCUCGAGCUGCUGCCCUCAGUGACACAGCCUGGUUCAACCCCCUGUUAGCAGUGUCAGUGGCUGAGCUGCCUGAAGAGACCAAAGGCUCAAAUCAAUGGGGCAGUCACCUGUUCUCCCAGGGAGAGGGAAGAUGAUAGAAAAGGAGAGAGGAGACUGGAGUGGGCAGCAGGAGCAAGAAGUACAGAGGGAGAUUCCCAGCUCCCAGCCAUGCCUGGAUCCGCUCCCUGCAUCCCCUGGGCACACAGACUCUCCUGGGAACAAGGCGAGGAGCCGAGAGAAGACAAGCCAGUUGCUGACUCUGCUGAACACUGCACAACUUAGGGAGAAGGGGGAGAUCUAGAGGGCGUUACACUACAAUGUCGAGGGAAUCCUCCAAGGUGGCUCCUUUGAUUCUUGCAUUUGGCUCAGAGAUACUGUUACCGUUACGUAAAGAUCCCAAAGGGAAUGGGGGUGUGACAUGGACUCCAGCCCCUUCUGUAACCUCCCCCAUCGCCCCUCUCGCCCCGACAGACUGAGGAAUCAGAUCCACAUGUCUCUCCCGAUCAUCCCGUCUUCCAGGAGACGGGGAAGGGAAAUGGCUGUGAUGGAGCCAGCUCAGGUGCUGGUGACCUUCGAGGAGGUGGCUGUGUAUUUCACCCAGGGGCAGGGGGCUCUGCUGGACCCUGCUCAGAGAUCCCUCUACAGGGAUGUCAUGCAGGAGAACUACGAGACGGUGACCUCGCUGGGGUUUCCCAUUCCCAAACCUGACCUGAUCACCCGGAUGGAUCAAGGGGAAGAGCUGCGGGUGCCCGAUCUCCAGGCCUGCGAGGAAAGAGAGAUCCCAAGAGGCCCCCGCACAGGUGAUGAGAGAGUGAAUGAGAAGGAUGAAGGGAAUCAAGAUCAGAAAGUUCCUGAAGAAGUGGAACCACAGGGGACUUUUGUGGGAAGAGCUGAAGGGAGUUUUUCCCAGUGCGUGGAACAGGGAGAAGCCUGUGGAAAUUGGCAGAGGUCAGAGAGGCUGCUGGGAAACCACCCAAGGCAGAAAGUGGAUGAAUCUAUUAACUGUGGGGGAGGAGACAAGGAUCCCACAGCCCAGCAGACAAAUCUCAAGAAAGAGAAACCCUACCACUGCCCCAAAUGUGGAAAAGGAUUCAUUCUGAGAUCACAGUUUGAUACAAAUCAGAAAAUCCAUACUGGAGAGAAAUCCAUUCAAUGCUUUGAUCGUGGAGAAAGCUUCAAUAACCGCUCAGACUUUAGUAACGAUGGGAGAAGCCACAUGGAAGAGAAACCCUAUCAAUGCCCUGAGUGCGGGAACUAUUUAAAUUGGAACUCAGCACUGAUUACACAUCAGGCAAUCCACACAGCAGACAGAGUCCAUAAGUGCUUAGAGUGUGGAAAAAGCUUCCUACAGAGGUCAGGCCUUCUUAAACAUCAGGCAGUCCACACAAGAGAGCGAUCCCGUAAGUGCUUGAACUGUGGAAAAAGUUUCAUAUGGAGGUCAGACCUUGUUAAACAUCAGGCGAUUUAUACAGGAGAGAGACCGCACAAGUGCUUAGACUGUGAAAAAUGUUUCAUACAGAGGUCAGACCUUGGUAAAUAUCAGGUAAUCCACACAGGAGAGAGACCCCAUAAGUGCUUAAACUGUGGAAAAAGUUUCAUACAGAGGUCAGACCUUCUUAAACAUCAGUCAAUCCACACAGGACAGAGAUCCCAUAAGUGCUUAGAGUGUGGGAAAAGUUUCCUACGGAAGUCAGACCUAGUUAAACAUCAGGCAAUCCACACAGGAGAGAGAUGCCACAAAUGCUUAGAAUGUGGAAAAAGUUUCACACAACGAUCACAUCUUAUAAUACAUCAGAGAAUCCACACAGGAGAAAAACCCCAUAAGUGCUUGGACUGUGGGAAAGUUUCACAACAGAUCAGCCUUUGUUUUACAUCAGAGAAUCCACACAGGAGAGAGACCACAUAAAUGUUUGGACUGUGGGAAAGGUUUCAAACAGAGAUCACACCUCAUUAAACAUGGGAGAAUCCACACAAGAUCUAAACUUCAAUGACACAUGGCCUGAAAGUGUUAACUUGCAGAAUAAUUGACCCAGAUUCUACUUUUAGAGAUGUGUUAGAAAUGUGUGUAAAUGGUAAUUAGGGCCAUUCCACAUUAGAUAAGAUAGAGCUUUGAAAUGUAAACGUGUAUGGUUAAAGAACUGGAAGAAGAUAGUAAUUGUAAUAGUCUAUGUUUAUUUGCAUCUUGUUAGAAUAUACUGUAACAAUGUCACCAAAAGUUUUCUGUCUAGGACUGUAUUUUGUUAAAUCUGAGAUGAAUAGGAAAUAUUAACAUACAGAUAAAUCUUGGGUGUAAUAAUAUCAUUGUCUAUAUGUCUCUGUAAAGUUUGUGGUAAAUUGUCUAUGAAUUGCUUUAUGAAUAAUUAUUUUAUGUUAAUCCAUGUAAUUGAUUUCCACUGAGAUUUAGGUAAGAGAAGGUUCCUUCAAAAUCCUAUUGUUCACCCAAGGGCUGUGUGCUGUCAAGAGGCUGCAACAAUCUGAAUAUGGGAUAUGAUCUGGGACAUGAUCCUUUUAUCUCAGUUGUGCUUAAGCUUUAUUUGGGGUGAGUUUGAGUCAUAAGAUGGAGAUCUCCAGUCCCAGCUGGACCACCCUGAUAUCGAACAUUUGGACAUUGGACUAUACCUGAUUAAAUGAUUCUGAAACAGACUCUGCACUUCUAAUACACCAUCUCUACAGUGAAACUGACUAAAGACUCUAUCAUCUCUGCAUGAUUUUUUAACCCAUACACUCUCUUUUCUUGUGUAAGAAAUCUUAGUUUAGUUAAUAAGAACUGGCUGUAAGUGUUAUUUCGGUCAGAACUAAUAAUCAUUAA